AUGCAAAGUGAACUCAACAACUUCGGAGGCCUAAGACUGAAACUCCAAGAAGAGGAGAAAGAAAAAGCCAAUUAUGUAAUGGCAAGAGACAGGGAAGUAGUUGAUCUUAAGAAUUUGGUCAGUGAGUACGAGACCAGGUUAAAAAGGCAAAUAAGUGAGACUGAAACUUUCAAGAAAGAGAAAGCCCUACAAAAUGACAACUUAGUCAGAGCUCGGGACGAAAUAAAUUUGAUGAAAGCAACUUCUGAACAACUGAAUGAGAAAAUCAGAGAACAGAGUUGUGAGAUUGAGGAAAAGACUUCAAAGCUGCUUCAUCUUCAGAAGAAAUAUCAUUCUUUAAAGAAAGAGCAUGAAAAACUGAGCCAUGAAGUAGAAGAAACGAAGAGAGAACUGGAGGACUCUACAGCUGCUGCCGGUAAAAACCAAAUGUUGCUAGAGGGAAACAUGAGGGAGAUGGUUGCACUGAAGGAAAAAUUGGAGAAAGAGAUAGGAAACAUGAGCGAGAUGGUUGCACUGAAGGAAAAAUUGGAGAAAGAGAUAGCGCACUGCAGCUCAAAAAUAAUGCAGCAGCAACAGGUGAUCAACCUCAAUGAAGCUGUGAAGUCAAGACAUGAACAAAUGGUCAGAGAAUAUAUUGAGGAAAUCAGGAGUCUCAGGAUCGAGAACAAGACAAUUAAGAUUCACCUUGGCAUCACUGACAAGAGACAGAUAUCGCUGACCUCUAAUAUUAUGUUGCGUAGAGAGAAAAUGAGGGAUAAAACAAGAGCUUCUCACUCCUGUUGCCAUAUGCUGUACAGCCAGCACUGUCAGAACGAGUUUUCUGAGAAGAGCCUACAACUCCUGAAGGAAAAGGACAAAGAGAUUGCGGAUCUGAAGCACAUAUUGGCUCAGCAGCCAAAUGAUGCAAAGUUGAAGCUCCAAAAGUCCCAAUGGGCCUUGAGAGACUUCAAGAGUAAGUUCAUGGCAUCAGAGGGAGAACUUUGUGCAUACAUGGAAGCCCAUAGUCGAUUGAAAGAGGAGAACAAGAUGCUCGCAGGGGAGCUGAAGAAGCUCAAGUUGUCAAAGUACACCUGCUUGCCUCCUAUUUCAACUAAGUCCCAGCCCUUGGACCAGUCAUCGUCUCAGCCCUCACCUCAGCCCUCGCCUCAGCCCCCGCCCCCGCCCUCGCCCCCGCCCCUGCCCCCGCCCAACUUUGAGGACGAAACACAGGAGCAGGGUGAAUGUAGGUUCAUAUCAAGGUACACCUGCUUGCCUCCUAUUUCAACUAAGUCCCAGCCCUUGGACCAGUCCUCGGCUCAGCCCUCGCCUCAGCCCUUCACAGUUACUCCCAUUGCGUCAAAGGGCCGCCGGCCUUCAACAAAGCGUAAGAUUGUCUAUCUGAAUGACACUGAUUGCCCUGGAGGAAGUGUCACGCCGCGCUGA